GCAACAGCAGCACUUCAGAGCAACAAGACUGCGAUAGGAUUAUAUUCAAACGCACUCAGGACGGAGAAGGGACACCUUUCUGAAACUGUGUUGAGGUGCCCCCAGAUGGAUUAUGCCAUGAAGUCUCUCAGCCUUUUGACUCCGUCCACCCUCUCCAAGUGUGUGACAGCCAGCGUGUCGGCUAGCGCCUCCAUGACCCAGCAGCUCCUCUCAGGUCGAGCUCCUCGGACGAGACCCUUCAGAGUCACGAAUGCCGACUGCAGUGUGAAGAAGGGCAUCAUGGCCGACACGCUGCAGGACCUGAUGAACAAGGCCAGCGACUCGUUGAGCGUCCCGUGUGUCGGUGCCUUGGUGCUGGAUGAAGACGGCACCGGCGUGGACACAGAGGAGUUCUUCCAGACGCUGCCUGACAACACUGUCCUCGUGCUGCUGGAAAAGGGACAGAAGUGGAGCCAACAUCCAGACAGCCCCUCCAGAGAUCAGCUCGGUGAGCAGAGGCGGCAUCACCGGACAGAUGUGGCCAAGCUGACCCUCGACCUCUACAAGAACAACCCCAAUGAUUUCAUUGGCUGCCUGAACGUGAAAGCGACCCUGUACGGUGCUUAUUCCGUGUCCUAUGACCUGCGCUGUUAUGCUGCCAAAAAUAUGUUGAAGGAGGCUCUGCGAUGGACCAUCUUCUCCAUGCAGGCCACAGGCCACAUCCUGCUGGGCACGUCCUGCUACAUCGAGCAGAUGCUGGAUGAGGAGGAGGAGGCAGAGAAGAGCCUGGCGUUGCCACAGGAGAGCAGGAUCCGGCAGCUGCAGAGCAUGCUGCUGGGAAAGAUGACCUACUGACGACGAGCUGCAUGGCGGAAUGGACAUUUCUUAUAUUGAGCACACAGAUGAAAUGAUCAAUAUUUACCUGAUCAUAUCGGUGCAGGUUGGAAACAUGGCAGAUGUUGCAACAGCUCACGCUUCACAGUCACUUUCUUGCUCUGUUACAUUUAUUUGUCCCACAAUACAUGUUAUCCCCCAGAAAGCACUUUUACUCACUACUCUAACUUUUCCU